GAACACCGGGCGUAGGGAAGACCACCCUGGGAAAGGAGUUGGCCAAAAGGACAGGGCUGACCUACAUCAAUGUGGGAGAACUGGCACAAGAAGGUCAGCUGUAUGAUGGGUUUGAUGAAGAGUACCAGUGCCCUGUUUUGGAUGAAGACAGAGUGGUGGAUGAGCUGGAUGAAAGCAUGGAAGAAGGUGGUGUGAUCGUUGACUAUCACGGAUGUGACCUGUUUCCUGAACGCUGGUUCCACAUCGUCUUUGUCCUCCGCACAGAUAACGCACAGCUCUACACCCGGCUGGAGAACAGAGGUUACACUGGGAAAAAGCUGCAGGACAACGUGCAGUGUGAAAUCUUCCAGAUCAUCUAUGAAGAGGCCAUGGAGGCGUACCAGCACGAGAUAGUCCACCAGUUACAGAACAACACACCCGAGGACCUGGAGCAGAACCUGGAGCAAAUCAUUCAAUGGACUGAACAGUGGAUGAAGGACCAUAACUAGAUGUCAGACUGAAGCUUUUUGUACAAAUAAUUCUGAAUUAAAUUCAUUAAGAUUAUGAUCCAACAUCAAAACUUUGUCAAAGUAUAGUAAUCUCCUACGUAAAGUAAAGUCCAAUGUCCUGGAGACAUUAUAAGUGAUUAUCAGUGACAGAAGUCGGUCACACACUCACCGGCCACUUGCUUACAGCUAAUCAGCCAAUCACAGGCCAGCGCUGCUCCACGUGUGGAAGUAGUGAAGACGAUGUGUGAAGUUCAAACAGCAUCAGAGAAGGGAUUGAAAUGAAUGUGUGGUUGUUGGUGCCACACUGGAUGAGUACUUCAGACAUCUGCAGGGUUUACAGGGAGCUGUCCGUACAACAGAACAUUAUCCAGGGAGCAGCAUUUGUGAGAGCAGCAAGGCGUUGCUGUCAGAAGACAACUGGCUGCUGGUUUGAGAUGAUAGAAGACAACUGGCUGCUGGUUUGAGAUGAUAGAAGACAACUGGCUGCUGGUUUGAGAUGUCAGAAGACAACUGGCUGCUGGUUUGAGAUGAUAGAAGACAACUGGCUGCUGGUUUGAGAUGAUAGAAGACAACUGGCUGCUGGUUUGAGAUGAUAGAAGACAACUGGCUGCUGGUUUGAGAUGUCAGAAGACAACUGGCUGCUGGUUUGAGAUGUCAGAAGACAACUGGCUGCUGGUUUGAGAUGAUAGAAGACAACUGGCUGCUGGUUUGAGAUGACAGAAAGGCAACAGUAGCUCCAGGUGCCACUCGUUACAAAGAGUUGCAGAACGUCUGAGCACAACACGUCCAACGUGUAGACAGGACAGCGCGCAGAGCCGCUCCUG